CGUAAGAAUAGUAUAAUGAAAAAUAAUGGCGAUCUUGUUCUAAAGAAUUGUCAUGUGCUUUCAUUUAAAACAUAGCCUUUUCGGCUGAAUGUCAGAUAAUAUAUAAUAAUUAUAUUCGUAGUAAAUAAUUGUAUUAUUAUAAAUGUGACUUGUUGUCUCUUUUACCUAGAAUUAAAUUAAAAUUGUCAAACUGGUUUAUUUGGUCAAGUUCAUCUUAACAAUCUUAUGAUCAAAGGGGUGAAAAUAUACCGGAGCCUCAUGUUUCUUUAUUCAUCUACUUUUUAACAACUUUUUCUAAAAAUUGACGUUACAAUGGAUAUGAAAAAUAAGAUUGAGUACGAAUUUUUAGAUUUCUAUGGAUUAGAUUUAGAUGACAAUGAAAGACAAAAAUUGCGAACUUAUCUGCAAUCUAAUCCAUCAUCAGAUAUUUUAAAACUACCGUGGGAUGUAGGAGACAAUGAUUGCAAUGAUAAUAUUGUGUCUGAUCAGGAAGCGGAAUUACAUAAGCCUUGGGUAGCAUACAGUGGUGAGGAGGACAUGAUUAAAUACAUCUCAUCGGAUACAUCUCCUCUUAUUAUGCAAACUACAAUGCCUCAACCUCCGUUGUAUCCAACAAUGGUACUAACUUAUCAUCCUAGCGAAUGGCCAAAUGGUGUUUAUGUUCCGAAUGAUAUGAGCAUGCAAUAUACUGCUGGCAUACCGCCAGCAUCUUAUCCACCUUACAUGAAUCCUGCUGGCAAUGAGAAUCAUGACGUGGGACGAGAAAACAGCAGGAGAAGUAUUAGAGGACGUGGUUUAAAAAGAGGGGAAGGUUAUAAUCGCAACAAUCAAAAUAACGAUAUUCCAUUUUAUUCUGUUCCUUGCAUCAGCGAACAAUAUACUUCCAUGUUUUGCUCUCCUAAUUUUCCGGAACUUAUGUCUCAACAGCAUCCGGCAGCCGGACAACCUGUUUUUUCGUGUAUGAAUCCGCAACAAGUGUACCCUCAACAACCAACGAUGCACUUGCAAUCGCACACAAAUUUCCCCCAAUAUCAUCAUUCUUCCCAAAUGAAAUAUAAUCGUCAAUCACAGUCAUCGAUACAGUCAAAUGGUGGAGAACCUGUAAAAAAUUCUUUAAAAUCUUUUGAUAAACGGAAUAAUCCCAAAUCCUCACGACAAUUAAACGACGAUAAAAAUUCAAAACAAACCAUAAGAGCUACUGUUAUUGUAAAUAACAGCAACAUGGAACCAUUUGUCGAUACUGCGGAUAGUAAUGCAGCUUUGAAGAAUAAUAAAAGUAUUAACAAUAAUAAAGUUGCUCCUUUUAACGUAAAAAUUGAUUACAAUUUUGUUUCAACUAGAAACGAAACUUAUGGUGGAGCUGAGAAAAAUGAUGGACCCUGUGUUAACAUCAAAAGUAGCAUUGAAAUCGAACAAAACGGCGAAAAUGAUUUGGAUAAUAAAAACGAGACAGUAUCUUCUCAUAUACAAACAACUCUUUUAAAAACUCAGUCGACAGCACCUGUGAAAGAUGAUAAUUCAGUUGAAAGUGGUGAGGUAUUACCUUCCAUGAAAUCGCAACAAGCCUGUAAUCCAGUGCAAGUAGAUGACUUACCAAAAAUUAGUACUUGGGCUAGUAUAUUAAAGAAAAACAAUAAUGAUACACCAUUGACUGUUACUGCAAAACCUACAGCUUUUAUUAAUCCGAUAACUGCUACAGAUUCUUCAGAUAUAUCAUCAAAUGAGGUACUUCAUCCGCCUGAAUUACCACAUGUAGAGCAAAAAUUGGUUCAAAAUAAUGUGCCUGUGACACAGGAAAAAACCACAAAUGAAACACAGCCACAGCAUAAAGUUUCAAAUAUAACUGCUCGAGAUCAUGACUUUGAUGAUCCACUUACAUAUAGAAUGGGUGAAUUUUUCUUAACCUUUCAAAUGGAUAAACAGACUGUGAGUUUACUCCCUCGAGGAUUAACUAAUCGGAGUAAUUAUUGUUAUAUUAAUAGUAUUUUACAAGCUCUUCUCGCCUGCCCUCCAUUUUAUAACUUACUAAGGGCUUUGCCAUUUUCUGAAACUUCAAGAAAAAAUUCACGCACUCCUCUUAUUGAUAACAUGACAAAAUUUGUACACGAAUUUACACCUUUGUCGGAGGCAGCUCGAAUGCCCAGAAAAGAUCGUGUUAAUAGACGAGGUAACGAAGACGCAUUAACUGAUGUGCAUUGUGGCAUACCCUUUGAACCUUCAUAUGUGUACACAGUGUUAAAAAAUACUUCAUCGGCUGGAGUAUUUUCCAUUGAAGGUAGACAAGAAGAUGCUGAAGAAUUUUUAUCUUGUUUGCUCAAUGGAAUAAGUGAUGAAAUGUUAGAAGUAAUGAAAUUGGUGAAUAGCGAUAAAAGUUCAAACAAUAAUCCAAACAUGAACUUAAAUUCUGAAGAAGAAGAAUGGCAGAUUAUGGGUCCAAAAAAUAAAGGUUCCAUCACUCGAUGCACAGAUUUUGGACGUACACCAUUAUCGGAUAUAUUUCGAGGCCAAUUGAGAUCUAGAGUUCAUCGUGCUGGUGAACAACCAACCGAUUAUGUUCAGCCAUUUUUUACUUUGCAACUUGACAUAGAAAAAGCGGAAUCAGUAAAAAGUGCACUUGAAAUUUUGGUUGGUAAAGAUCAGGUAGAAGGAAUGACAUGCAGUAAAACUAAACAACAAAUUGAAGCUUGGAAGCAAGUUACUUUAGAAGAGCUGCCAGUAAUUCUUAUUCUUCAUUUGAAAUGGUUCGAUUACAAACUUGAUGGUUGUUCAAAGAUACUUAAAAAUGUUGAAUUUCCAGUUGAUUUGAAAAUAGAUCCAAAAUUCUUAUCUCCAAAUGCAUCAAAGAAAUUUUUAGCAAAACAAAAGCAGUACAAAUUAUUUGCCGUGACUUAUCAUGAUGGAAAAGAGGCAACGAAAGGACAUUAUGUAACGGAUGCUUUUCAUGUCGGCUAUGGAGGUUGGGUACGAUAUGAUGAUAGUUCGUUAAAAGGUAUAUCUGAAAAUAAUGUUCUAAAUCCUCAGCUUCCCAGAGUGCCCUAUCUACUUUAUUAUAGAAGAUGUGAUACUAUUGGGAAUAAUCAGUCAAAUGUUGUUAGAUCACGAUAAGUUGACAUAUACAAGGCAUGUAUAUGUAGUUGAAUCUGUCUAUUGUUAAAAUUUUCAUUUGACAUUUUCUAAAUUUGAACCAAUUUUUUUGUAUUUAAAAAUUAAAGAAAAGAAUGUUAUUUUGUAUGUCAUAUUUUUCAUUUUAAGAAAAUAUAUAUACCUUAUCAUAAUAUGACUGUUUUAUGUUUAAAAGUCAGAAAAAUUUGACCUGAUAAGUCGCGAAAGUUAUUGUGUGAAUAGAGAUGACAUUCAAGAUUUUUUUUGCUCUAAUUAUAUUUAGAAUAAUUUCUGACCUGGAUAUAAAUAAUAAUUAUUUCGAACUUGUUAUUAUCAUCAUUAUUUGUAGUUAACAUGCUUCGAACCGAUACGAAAAAAAUUGAGCAUAAAUGUAACAAACAAUUGCUUUCAAAGAUUAAGUAAUAUACCAUAUUGUUAAAUUUUUCUAUUAUUAUACAAAACUAAAGUAGUUUAUACACUGCAGAUGAGAGAGUGAGAGGAAGAAAAAGAGUGUGCUUGCGUGCGUGAGCUAAUGUGUGAUUUGUAGCAAUGAAAAAGAUAGAUAAAAAAUAUUUGCUAUUAAAUAUAUUUGGAAAUAA